AUGGGUGAAGUUAGAGAAAAUACCCUUAGAGAGCUUGUCGAGUCUGAUGAAGACCAAAGACCUCUUUGUAUAGUCAUACCCCUAACCACUCAACCUUUUGAGUUAAAACCGGGACUUAUCCAUCUUUUGCCCAACUUUAAAGGAAGUUCCCGAGAGGACCCACACAAACAUCUUAAGGAUUUUCACAAGGUUUGUGAUUCCAUAAGGCCUCACGGCAUCUCGGAAGAACAACUAAAUUUACGAGCUUUUCCUUUUUCCCUUACGGAUGUAGCAAAGAGAUGGCUCUACUACUUAGAACCGGGUUCCAUAACCACUUGGGGUAGUCUAAAAAAUAAAUUCUUGAAGAAAAUUCCCCCCCCCCCCUCCAGUGAAAACAAUAUUAGGAAAGAAAUUUAUGGGAUAAGACAAGCCUUUGGAGAAUCCCUUUUGGAAUACUGGGAAAGAUUCAAAAAGCUUUGUGCUAGCUUUCCUCACCAUCAUAUUUCUGACCCUUCUUUAAUUCAAUAUUUUUACUCCGGUCUUUUAUCUUUCGACAGGAAUACGGUAGAUGCGGCGACGGGAGGAGCUCUAGUCGACAAGACCCCCACCAAAGCACGGGAGCUCAUUUCAAGAAUGACGGAAAAUUCUCAAAGCUUUGGGAAUAGAGCAUCGGAGCUUGAAAAUUCUCUAAUAAAAGAGGUAAGUGAAUUAAAAUCACAAAUGUUAAAUAUGACUAUUCUUCUUACUUCUUUUGUACAAGGUACUCCUCUUAAAGUUACCAAGUGUGGCAUUUGUGGCUUUGUUGGUCAUCCAAAUGACAAAUGUCUUGAGGUGAUCGAGGAUGUAAACAUUGUUCGAAAAUAUGACCCCCACGGUAAUACAUACAAUUCGGGGUGGAGAGACAACCCAAACUUAAGAAGGGGGAAUGACAACCAAAAGCAUACACAAGCACCACCCACCUCUUCAAACCAAGGUACGAAUCUUGAAGAUAUUAUCAAACCUUUGGCAACUAACACUCUUUCUGUUCAACAAGAGAUGAAACAACAAAUGACUCAACUUACUACCGCCAUAAGCAAGAUGGAUGGGAAAGGAAAACUUCCGGCUCAAUCGGACCAUGCUAAUGUAAGUGCUAUUUCACUAAGGAGUGGUAAGAUUCUUGACACUCCCACCACCAAAGUGAAAAAGGUAACUUCCAAACCCUUACCUCUUAAUAGUAAGAAUGAGUCCAAGGAAGAAAAGGUUGAAACAAAACCCUUACCAUCUAAUUCUAAAAAUGAUAAACCUCCUCUUAACGAUUUUACUCCUUACAUACCUAAACCUCCUUUUCCCUCUAGGUUGACUCCAAAAAAGAAGGAAACACCCAAGGAGGAAGAACUCUUGGAGAUGUUUAAAAAGGUGCAAAUCAACUUGCGCCUUCUCGAUGCAAUCCAACAAGUCCCGAGCCUUUUGUCACCUAUUGACUUGUUGUCUUUGCCUUCUAAUGAAGUGAUGAAUGUUCAAGGUGAUGAGAAGGUCACCAUUAUUCGGAAGCUACAUAAAGAGGUUAAAGAAAGAAUUGAGAAGCAUGCCAAGGUAAAGGAGAAGGUCAACAACAUCCAAUAUCUGUGA